UAUUGAGUUGCAACCAUCCUGCAAUAAACCUGGGAAUGUUGCAUAUAUAUGUUUGCUGAAGGGUAAACUUUCCUGGUUGAGAAUUGAAGAAGCAGACUUAUGGGAUAUAAAUAAGUCAGAUCUCCGUGUGCGAUGAGAUCACCACAUACUAAUAAAUGUUUUAAAAUCGUAAAAUAAUUCAUAAAACAUAUCAGAGGUCACUUCAAAACGUGGAAUACAGAAUUGACAUUAAUCACAAUGGCUUCGGAACAUAGGACAUUGCAAGACUCGGUGUUAAAUGCCUCUGAUGAGAUACAUGAUUUGUCUUGUUCUGUGUGUAAAGAUGACAAUCUCAACAUCGAGGCCAAGCAUUUCUGUGGGGACUGCUCACAAUAUUUCUGUGACAAGUGCCUGAUAUCCCAUGCCAAAAUACACAAGUUUCAUGUUGUGUUGGGUCGGAAGGAUGUGGACAAGUGGGUGGGGCAAGGUGAUGCCCUGGUAACGUGCGACCUUCACCCACCGAAAGUUUUGGAACUGAUGAGUGAGGAUCACGAUGAGCUCUGUUAUAGCCUCACUGUUAACCACAGGAUGUGCAGAAGCAUCAGCUCGAUAUCUGAUCUGGCCAAGGGCAUACAUAAGAUGGCUGACUUUAAGCAGCUUCCAGCUAAUGUAACCAAGGUAGCAGCCAGCCUAAUCCAGGUGAGCGAGGCCAGAAAGAAGAACCAGAAUUCCCUGAAGACCUCAUGCAAGUCAAUGCUGACAAAAGUCAAGUCCUGGAGGUGUUCACUGAACCAGCUGCUAGAUGAGCUGGAAAAAGGGACAGUGGAACAAAUUGACAGUGUCCUGGUUGACCUGGAUGGGUUACUACAGAAGGAUAUUGACCAUUGUGACUUCAUCUAUGACCAACUCAAGGUCUUACUGGACACUGUUCAAGCCCAAUGCAAGGAGUCCAGCUCUUUCAUUGGCUACAGGAAGUGUAAGGACAAGAUGGCAGAUGCCAAUAGACUUCUCCGGGAGAUGGACACCAAACAAGAAGCAACCAUUACUUUCAAGCCAGACACACGCGCUCAACAAUUGCUGUCUGACUUGAAGGCACUAGAAAACAUCCAGGUGUAUCCUGAUCUACAGUUGGAACAACAUUCUGGACAAAUCCAUCAGUCUUCUAAUAAAUCCAAGGUUUUCAACGUGAAGGCGAAGAAAACAUAUGCAGUGAAAAUAAAGAAAGACAAACAGGAUUGUGAUCUUUUUGGUAUGAGGGAACUUAUAGGAGGAGAGAUUGUUUUGGUAGACUGUAGCAGUUGCAGAGUAAAGGUGUUAGACAGCGAAUACAAGGUGAUAUGCCACAGCUCUCUCCUUCAGAACCCACAGGACAUCUGCCGCAUCUCAUACCAUCAAGUGGCUGUAACUGUUGACAACUGGACUGACGAGACAUGAGGUCCAAUUUCUCACUGUGUCAGCUGACACCACGAAGAUGACCAGGAAGUUCUCAGUUGACCAUGACUGUUACUCCAUCAAACACCAUAAGGGCCAGUUGUUUGUUGGCUCCCACACUGCCCAAUACCUAUACACAACAGAAGGUAGACUUAUCAAGAAAGUAUAUCAAGACGCUUCUGGUCAUGUUACAGUGAACCGCUUUGCCUUGAGCAAUGAUAGAAUGAAGUUAUACAUACCAGCCUCCAGCCACAAUAAGAUUGUUAUUAUUGACAAAUCAGGCAACAUUCUGGCCACACUGCAUGACCCUGACUUUUACUGGCCUUACAGAGUACAUGUGAGUGAGGAUGGACAUGUGUUUGCGUGUUUCAACAGAUCCCAUACAGUAGUGCAGAUUGACCAAGACUGCGGGUAGAAGCUAGCCACACUGGUCAAGGAGGGAGAUGGCAUCUACCAACCAUCUGCAGUCUAACACAGCACCCGCACUGACAAACUGAUCGUAGUGGGAAAACAAAGUGACAGUCUGGUUAUGGAACUACAGUAAUAAUAAGUGGUUACUGAAGGAUAUAGAGUGAAUAAAGAUGAACAUGUAUAAGUUGUGAAAAAUGUAUUUGAAUGAAACAAUUCGAUACCAACACAUGUAUAUGUACAAAUCAUCAUUAUCAUGGAUGUUGGGGAUAAAUCCACUACCACAAAGUUGUUCAAUGACAUUAGUAUUUUGUAUCAGUAAAAACAUUGUUUGUGUGAUAUUUUGAUAUUUGACAAGUGUCUUAGUACAAAUACAAAAUAGUUAUGCAUGAUACUAAUUGUCAUGAAAUAGGCCCAGUAU